AUGGCAGACAACGAAAUACUUGACAUAUUGGGCCAAACCCCGGGCCUCUACAAGUUGUACACACAGAUAAGCUCCAUUUACCCUGUCUCCCAAACAUCUUCCCACCCGGACAUCGUCGACACUUUAAGAAAUGGACUCGACCGAUUGGCGAAGAGCUUCCCGUGGCUUACUGGCCAGGUUGUCAAUGAAGGCGCAGGGGAAAAUAACACGGGCAUCUUCAAAAUAUCCCCCCUCGACAAAAUUCAGCUCGUGGUGAAAGAUUUACGACAUGACCCCUCCGCACCGACAAUGGACGGCCUACGCCAGGCCAAGUACCCUUUCAGCAUGCUGGAUGAGAAUGUCAUUGCACCUUGCACGACACUAAAUAUCCCUGGUAAUCUGCCAAGCAUCACAACCGAGUCCGCAUUGGUAUUCUGUGUCCAGGCGAAUUUCAUCGAGGGCGGUCUGAUCCUCACGAUCGUGGCUCAGCAUAAUGUCAUGGACAUGACUGGCCAAGACUUCAUCAUUCGGCUAAUGUCAAAGGCUUGCCACAAUGAGCCUUUUACAAGCGAGGAACUUGCAGUCGGUAACAUGAAUCGGAGUCAUGUCAUCCCCUUACUGGAUGAUUCAUACAUCCCAGGCCCUGAGCUCGAGCAUCAGAUUGUGAAACCCAAGCCUAGCGCCAACGACGCUGUCUCGGAGCCCCCGAAGUUCACGUGGGCCUACAUUGAGCUCUCUGCGACGCAAAUUGACGCCCUCAAGUCCCUCGCUACAGACACAUUGUCCCCGUCCGUAGAGUUCAUCUCUACGGACGAUGCGGUCAGUGCGUUUCUUUGGCAAUCCAUCGCUCGCGCCCGGGCUUCGCGCCUAGAACCGACAUCUGAAACGAUGUUUACGCGCGCAGUUGACAUGAGACAGCGCCUUAAUAUUCCCCUGCGAUAUCCGGGACUGCUACAAACCUUAACAUACAACACUGAGACCUCGGCUGAUAAGUCAAAGGCCUCAUUCACUGCCACAGUUAAUGUGUCGAAGGACUUUAUGCUCAGUUCGUGGUCGAGGAUUAGCUGCUAUGAGCUCGAUUUCAACAUGGGAUUAGGCAAACCGGAAGCGGUGCGUAGACCCUGUUUUACUCCAAUCGAGGGCUUGGGUUACUUGAUGCCUCGAUCGCCUGCUGGCGAGAUGCCUAUUGCCAUCAGCUUGAGAGAUGAAGAUUGGCAGCGGUUGAAGGUAGAUGAAGAGUUUACGAAGUAUGCCCAGUAUAUUGGAUAA